CAAGGUGGAAGUGGAAAACAUCUUCCUCCUGGUCAUCGUCACACUCAUCAGUGUGCUUCAGAAUGAAGGUAGAGAGGGAGUGCAUCAACUCGCGCUCACAUGCUUUUGAGCGAGUGUCUUGUGCCAACCGGAACUGCAUGGAUGCUUAUCCCACCUUCCUGGCAGUGAUGUGGUGUGCAGGGCUUUGUCUCAGUCAAGCUUCUGCUGCCUUUGCUGGGAUCAUCUACCUUCUUGUCAGGCAGAAGUACUUCAUUGGAUAUUUGGGACAGAACUCUCAAAGCACUCCGGGCUACCUGUUUGGUAAACGCAUCAUCACCUUCCUGUCCCUGAUGUGCAUCGUGGGUAUCUUCAACUACCUGCUGGGAAGGUACUUCGGCCAGGACUAUAAAGAAUACGUCGAGACCAUCACCGGCGCCGCUUCUGCUCUCCUGCUGCUUCCUUAGCUCCGCUCGUCAUGACUUACAUCUCACGAUCGAAUCGCUUGUGUUUAAAGGCAUCUUUUGUGCAAAUAAAUUAAAUAAAUUGGACAUCAGUCCCUUGCGGUAUGACGCAAUGAAGA